GUUACUGGUUAGUGGUGCGGCCGUGGCGGACGCGUGUGGUCGUGUUCUGAAUUCUCCUCGAGUUUUUUACUCAGUACAUCGUUAUUCACAAUAGGUUGUUUUUUUUAUUUAGAAAAAUCUGUGUAAACCACCUGUAGAAUAAAUUUUUAACUUAAUGAUGCUACUGUAUUCAACAUACUUUUAAUAUGGCUAAUAAGUUCUUUUACUGACGGAUUACCACAUUCGACGAAAUGACCGGCGUGCGACGCAGUUGACGAAUAAUAUGCCCACCAGCCGAACGUCCUUUAAGCUCGUGCCGUUCAAGUCACCGCUAACAGUUUUCCUAUCGUUGCUGGUAGUCGGCAACGUUUUUGACAUUACCACUUCGAGACCGGCUUCCGGGCACCAUAAAAAACGAGAAAUAAGAUCGGCACCUGUCUAUGAAGAUGUGCAAGGUUACUUGACCAAAUUUGGAUAUCUACCAGAGUCUGACUUAGAAACGGGAAAUCUUCGAACGGAAGAUCAAUUGCACGAUGCUCUUCGAACCCUACAGCGUUUUGGGAAUAUUCCCGUGACUGGCCAAAUGGAUGCGGCCACCAAAGAGCUGAUGCGAAAACCCAGAUGUGGUCUUCCUGACGAAACUUCAAACAUAGGAAAUCGAAAAAAACGGUACACUUUGCAUGGACAAAAAUGGCAACACGUAAAUUUAACCUGGAGUUUACGGACCAGACACUUGGAUCGAAUGGACCACGGAUGGGCUAGGUCCGAUCUGCAUAAAGCUCUUCAAGUUUGGUCAAAACACUCAAAACUCACAUUCCGGGAAGUCAAUAGUGAAUCCGCUGACAUAUUAGUGUUUUUCGAAAAAGGUUUUCACGGUGAUGGAUAUCCUUUUGAUGGACCUGGCCAAGUGUUGGCCCACGCUUUCUUUCCUGGAGCAGGACGUGGUGGAGAUGCUCAUUUUGAUGUAGACGAAGAGUGGCUCUUAAAUGGAAAAGAGUCCCCCGAAGGCACCAGCCUAUUUACGGUCGCAGCUCACGAAUUUGGUCAUUCAUUGGGUCUAUCACAUUCGUCUGUUCAAGGUGCUUUGAUGUUCCCCUGGUAUCAAGGUUUAAAACCUGAUUUCGAUUUACCCGAAGAUGAUAAAAUUGGUAUACAGAUUUUAUAUGGUACCAAAAACGAUCGAAUGUGGGGAAACAUUCCAGCCUACAGGCCAAUUUAUUCUACUACUACGACUACUAAAUCUUUAUCCACUUCGACUAGAACUGCUAUUACAAAACCGACCACAGUUGCUCCGACAACCACUCCAAAACGACCGGAAGUUAAAGUGAUUCCUUCUCCUGUUGAUGACAAACCACAUUACUGCAAUUCAUCCUUCGAUGCAGUAUCCAUCAUUAGAAGAGAUACGUUCUUCUUUAAGGGCAGGUAUACCUGGCGAUUGGGUCCAAAAGGUUUAUACCCAGGCUAUCCUGCGCUAACUAAUCGCUUGUGGUACAAUUUACCUAACGACUUGGAGCAAGUGGACGCUGUUUACGAAAGACAAGAUGGCAAAAUUGUGUUCUUUGUCGGUCGUCAAUAUUACAUUUACAACGGUAACAUACCGGUGACUGGAUAUCCUAAGCCGUUAACAGAUUUGGGUCUACCCGAUCAAUUGGAUCACGUGGAUGCAGUUACUGUAUGGGGUCACAACAGUAAAACUUAUAUAUUUAGCGGGACUAUGUACUGGAGGUUUGAUGACGAGGCUGGAAAAGUAGAAUUAGAUUAUCCUUAUGAUAUGUCAAUAUGGAGAGGUAUAGGGUACAACAUAGAUGCAGCUUUCCAGUGGCAUGAUGGUGCCACGUAUUUCUUCAAAAAACGUGAAUAUUGGAAGUUUAACGACUUACGGAUGCGCGUCGAACAAGAAGAACCACUACCUAUUGGUCCUUUUUGGUUCAAUUGUUCAACUACUAUUGAAUAUCAACCUAAGUACCCCAAAAAGAAAAAUCGUGAGUAUUUUGCGAAUGGAAAUCCAAAAACCAAUGGAAUUUGGCAGCAGACGAGUAUUGUAAAAACAAAUUCUGCAAUUAAAGAUUGUGGAGGAAUAAUAUCUUUAUUCUUUGCUUUUGCUAUAAUUGCAUGGUCAUCAAAAUUUCAAAGUUAUUUUUAACAAAACUUGUGCUCAAAAUUUAGAGUAUGAACUUUUUUCAUGUCAAUUACGAUCAAAAUAUUUAUAUUACUAAAAAUUAAUUUAACAUGAAUAUCACUUAUAUUUUUAUUUAAUUUAAACAUUUUUGUGAUAUUUUUUUAGUAACUAUAAGUAUAUUUUACUACUAUUUUUUA